AUGUCACGCCGGAAACAAAAAAGACCUCAGCAACUCAUUAAUGCGGAUCCCGGGGGCACGCGGAUACUACUGCAAGAUGAGCAGCUGGGAGUGAAAUCCCCAUCGGCCUCCCUGGCGUCCGAUGCGACCUCCUCUCCCCACUCCUCUUCCUCCCCCUCCUCCUCCUCUUCUUCUCCCCCGGCCAUCCAGGACCACCACCCUCCGUUGGCCCCUAGACCGUCUCCCGGGGGCCUGCACGCCCCAUCCCUGCCCAGCGAGAGCUCCUCUCCUCCCCACUGGCUGAACCACCACAUCGCCCCCUACACCACCUCCCUGCCCAACACCCUCUCCUCGCUCUCGCCCGACUUCCCGCACCCGUCCCUGUCCUCCCAGACCCACUCCUCGCCCCCGGGCCACGCCAAGACCAGCCACAGCCACAGCCACAGUCACGGCCACAGCCACCACCCGCUGGCGCGCCAGCCCAGCCACCAACCCCACCCCCACUCCGCCAUGACCUCCCCACAGCUGGGCAUCUCUGCCACCACCACCACCUCCUCCGCCCUGUCUUCCGCCCUCUCCUCCUCCUCUUCCUCCUCCUCUUCUCUGGGAGGGGCGCCUCGUCAUCACGGGAGUGCCAGCCCAGUGCAGCAGCCCACUCCACCCAGCCCCCCCGCGGCAGUACAGAUGCCUCCUACACUGGCGGUGCUACUGGAGGAGCUGAGAGUGCUGCAGCAGAGGCAGAUACACCAGAUGCAGAUCACAGAGGAGAUAUGCAGACAGGUGCUGCGUCUGGGUGGAGGGCUCAAUGCCACCCAAGACGGCGGCUCCGCCCAGGUGCCUGGAAGUGGGGGUCAGAGGUCAAAUGGGGACUCUUCAUCCCCCUCCCCACCUCACAUCGUCUCGGGCACCAGCAUGGCGUCGGCGGUCUCCACGGCUGCGUCUUUACUCUCCAGCAUCCCGUCGCUGCUGCAGUCCACCUCCACUUCCUCUGCGGGCUCCAAGACGAACGGCCAGUCCUCCAGCAAGACGACGCCCAGCGCCCUGACCUCCUCCGCCCUGACCUCCGUCUCCUCGGCCCUCGCCGCCGCUGCUGCCUCCCUGCACCCGCUCUCCCUGUCCCUGGGGCUGCCCACGCGCUUCCUCCCUCAUGACGCCACCAGCGGCAAGUCCCACGGCGCGGCGACCAACCCUUUCAGCCACACCAACGGGUUAACCUCGUCGGUGGCGGCGUCAUCAACGACAUCAUCGUCCUCGGCAGCGGCGGCGACCGCGUCGUCAGGCCGACAGCAGCACGCGUGUCGCUUCUGCGGCAAGGUGCUGAGCAGUGAUUCGUCGCUGCAGAUCCACCUGCGCUCGCACACGGGGGAAAGGCCUUACCAGUGCCCCGUGUGCCUCAGCCGCUUCACCACACGUGGCAACCUCAAGGCCCACUUCCUGCGCCACCGCGAGCAGAACCCCGAGCUCUCGCUCUCCCUGCUGCCGCCCGCCCUCUCCGAGGGAAGCAGCCAAUCGGGCAGCAGCGGAGGAGCCGGAGGGACCAAUGGAACGGGCCCGAGAAGCAGGAAGAGGCGGGCAGAGCAGUCGUCGGAGCAGGAGUCGUUUGGCGUGAAGGGUGCCCUUGGUGUGGUUCCCGACAGCAUGGCCGCCUCUCUGGGCUUCCUGUCUGGCUCGGCGGGCCGCCCCUCCCCCUCCUCUCUCCCGCUGCCCCCCAGUGUGGACCUGGCGCUCCUCUCCACCGCCCACUCCCUGCUGCAGCUCAACCGCACCUCCUCCUCCUCAGCCAACGCCUCCACCACCUCCUCCCCGUCCUCCUCCUCCUCGUCCGCGGGCCCGCUGAAGGGCUCCAAGCAGCAGCGCUUCGAUGAGAACACCCCGCCGCACUCAGCCCUGCUGGCCGCCGCGGCCGCGGCCGGAGGCUCGCCAUACUCACAGCUGGCGCACCUCCCCAAGAUCCUCUUCCCCGGCGGGGCGGCGGGAGCCCACCACCACCCUGGCCUGGCCCUACUGCACCCGUCGUCCCUGGCCUCCCCUCACGGCCAGCUGGCCUUCCCCUUCUCCCCUUACCCCGGCAAGGCCAGCGCCGCCUCCUCCUCCUCCCCCUCCUCCUCCACCUCCCCGUCCUCCUCCUCCACCACCUCCGACACCAGCAAGCUGCAGCGGCUCGCCCAGAAGCUGGAGAAGCAGCCACAAGGAGGAGCUCACAGCUUGUCCUCCAGUGACGCGCCCACUUCCUCCAGCGAUGUCACUUCCUCCUCCUCCGCCUCCUCGGCCUAUCGGAGGGAGAUGAUGGCCGCCCUAGGCCUGAACCCCAACAUCAACCUUGACCUCAGUGGCGGCAGCGGUGGUAUCCAAGCCUCCUCUGUUGCCACGACAACCUCCUCCCCGUCCCUGAUGUCACCAUCGGGGACGGGGACGGGGACGACGGCGCUCUCGGCGAACCAGUGCGGCGUGUGCCUGCGCGUGCUGAGCUGCCCGCAGGCCCUGCGCCUGCACCAGGCCACGCACCUUGGCGAGCGGCCCUUCCCCUGCAAGCAGUGCGGCCGCUCCUUCUCCACCAAGGGCAGCCUGCGGGCGCACGUGGCCGCGCACCACUCCCGCAGCCAGGCCAACGGCGGCGCCGGACGCGCCCAGCAGAACUCCUGCCCGCUCUGCCAGCGCAAGUUCACCAAUGCCCUGGUGCUGCAGCACCACAUACGCCUGCACCUCGGUGGGCAGAUCCCGCCCGACGGGAACGGCACAGAGGAACAGGAGAAGGAGAUGCACGUGGAAGAUGCCGCGGGUGAUGCAGAGAUCGGCUCUCCGCAGGAGGACCACCCCACCAACCUGAGCAUGGGCUCCCAGGAUAAGCCUCUGGAUCUGGGCAGCAGCAGCAGCAACAAGGCCCUUUCUCUGGUGCUCUCGGCUCCAGACAAUGAUGGAUCCGUUCACAGGGAGCCCGUUUCCCUGCUGGCUGACCUGAGCGUGAAAUCCAACUUGGAGCGAGGCGGUGGUGUCUUUGCUGAAGCUGCUGGUCUAGCUGCCUCGGCUGAAACGGAGAAGCAGGACCCCUUGUCCCUGGUGAUGAGUAGGCCUCAGAUGUUGAACGGUCCAUCUGCUGCAGCCUCUGCGCUGUUGAAGAGCGGUGACCUCACCACUGCACCUUACCACUCCACGUCCCACUCACUGAUGAGCUCCCAUUCUCACUCCGUCCAGCAAGACGAUGCAGACGCAGACGCAGACGCAGAUGCAGACGACAUGGCACCCUUGUCUCUGUGCGUGCGAGCAGACCGCUCUGGUUCUGGGGAGUCAGAGAGUGUUGUGUCCUUGUCCCGUGCUAAAAGUCCCGCGCCGACUAUCAGCACUGUCGUCAAGGCUCCCACCGCCACCGUGGUUGUCUCGGAGGCCACGGACACCCCCAGCGCUCUCACACCCCCCUCCAGCCCCGGCUCUGCCAACGAGGGGCCCGCCACCCAGGCAGAACCCGUUGCGGAGACGUGCACUGACGAUGACGCGACCUCCCCGACAACCGCAGAGCCAGCAUCCCAUGCUGUUACCGCAGCACCGCAAAAUGGACUUCAGGCCACUGGAGAAGGAGAGGACGUGGCCAUGGAAGAGGAGAACCGGGAGGAGGAUGAGGAGGAAGAAAAGGAGAUUGAGGAGAAAGAGGAGUUGAAAGAGGAGGAGGAGGACAAAGGAGCAGAGGGCACAGAGGAGGAGACGCAGCCAGUGACCCCCGUGAAGACCUCCAGAGGCGCACGGGCUGAGAAGCCGGUGUACACCUGCAACCAGUGCGGCAAGGAGUACGCCAGCCGCAGCGGACUCAAGGGGCACAUGAAGGUGCAUUCUGGGCCAGUGACCCCUAAGGCCAUCAAGACUGCCAAGGACACUUCGGAGGAGCCAAGUGCAAUCUCAACCAAUAGCGUCGUGGCAGAGGAGGAAGCAGACAAGCCACCAGCCAAUCAAGACAAGAGUUGUGAUACUGACGAGCCAAUGGAAACCUCUGGUGUUGCAGAGGAGGAGGCAGAGUAACGUGAGGAAAUGAACAAAAAUGGAAUGUGACUCUCGAUUUUGCUGGAAAAAAACUCUUCUAGAUUUUCAUUGCUCUUUUUGAGGGAAUGUAUUUUGCUAUUUUUUUUUCUUUUAGAUUAGACCAAGGGCCGUUCUAGUGUGC